AUGUUGUGCACUCAAUAUCUCGCAAAUCAUUACGUAAAGCCAUCCGCGAAGUCCAUCGCAAAGACAUACACUCUUAUGUUUAAUGGCAUUCAGUCGCAAAUCAAUUACAACUCUUUCGACAAUUUGUCCCAAAAUAGACAUAAAAAACAAGAAGAGUACGGGUUUAGCAGUGGCUAUGGGGGAGACUAUGAGAGCACCGUUUAUAAGAUUCUAACUUUGUACAUGCACACACAUAAAUUCAUGCCAAGCCAUGAAGUUAUGGGUUGUCGACCCGCAAAGCUAUCAAAAGUAUCCGUUAUAACUGAUUCCAUUUCCAAAUGUCAAAACGGAAACAAAGUUUUUGUACAAAGUAUCGAAAUUAAUGGUUCAAUUGACAAUUUGGACAAAACUGAGACAUAUAGAGGCCUCAAGAAUCGCAUGGAGGGAACAGAAGAGUGUCCGCCCGACCCGUACUAUAAGUCCUAUUUUCAAAAGGAAAGAAGCAAAAGUCAGAUUGAAUUCUUCAAACAAUUGGAAGAGAAAAUGGAAGAGAGGAAGCGGAUGACCAAAGCAUCGCAACCAAUGUUAUAA